AUGGCCGAGCAAAUAGUUCUACCUGAGCCCGACGUACAAGCGGGAAUAGAUUACUGGGCGAGUCAACCGGCCAAUUAUGACGGCGUCCUCGGCGGAUUCGGGGAAGGCUCUCUACCGAGAAUCGACGCUCUCGGCUCGCGCCAAUUUCUUCUGUACCUCAUGCCUGAACUCAGCACGGUACCUUCAGCGAUUCGAUCACUGGCUGCUCCCAAGGAGCUGUCAUACCGGACACGCGCGCUGGACGUCGGCGCCGGCGUAGGCCGCGUCACGGCGGACGUGCUCCUGCACCUCGUAUCCGACAUCGUCCUGGUCGAGCCCGUAGAAAGCCUCGCCAAGGAAGCCCUCUCACGCGGCCGCGCGAGCGAAAUCAUGACCGGGAAGGCCGACGCUACGUUUGUUCCGUGGAAGGGCAUCUCAGCGAAGGCGAAGAGCGUUUCUUUCACUCAAGACACUCUGCAAGGCGUCGAUCCAUGUCACCCGUCGAAAUCCCCGACUUUUCUGGACCGCGUCGGAUAUGUCCCGAACCACAAUGACCUCGAUGAGCCGUUCGACAUAGUCUGGUGUCAGUGGUGUCUCGGUUCUCUGAGCGACUCGGAUCUCGUAGCCUUCUUGCAAAGAGGUCGUAGUUCCCUCAGGGACCCCAAUCGGAGUGUGAUUAUUGUGAAGGAAAAUUGCUGUUCUGAUGACGACGGGCAGCCACAAAGCAUAUUCGACGAGACUGACUCAAGUAUAACGAGGUCUGAUCUUGCAUGGAAGAAGGCAUUCAAGGAUGCAGGUCUGGCAUUAGUUCACGAACAAGUGCAGCGGGGCUUCCCUGAAGGUCUAUACACUGUGAGAAUGUGA